AUGGCCGUUUUGUGCAUCAGUUCUUGGUGCUGUAGAGCAGAAGAAGAGUGCCUGAAGAGUACCUAUUGGUGCUAUGAGUGCGACUCAUGGACGGAUCCCCGGUGCCGGGACCCAUUCAACUCAACAGCUCACCCCAACGACCUCCCGCCACUCAAGCAGUGCGAGGGCUGCUGUGUCAAGAUAGUCAUGCAUGCGGCUACGUCAAAAGAAGUGGUCCGACGCACCUGCACGAAAAGCCUGUUGAUCAACUUGUUCAUGGUCGACCACGUGUGCAUGUAUGAAGGCGGGAACACGGGCCACAUGUGCUUCUGCGAACGCGACAACUGCAAUGGUGCUUGGGCGCUGUCGGGCGACGCACCUCUUCUCUGUGCCUUUACGGGGAUCAUCUUCCUCAUCUUCCGUCGGCUUGGACUCCUCCUCUGA